AUGGCGCCCCUCGCACCAGGAGAAGGACCACUUGCGGUUCGAAGAUCAACAGGUAAACGGAAGAGACGGGACAACGAAACGCCAUUACGGGAAGAUGGAGAGCCUACUGCCGAACAUCCAGGAGCCGACGCAUCGGAAAGCGAUGAUGCCGCCCUUGCCAGCAAACCGAAAAUGCCCAAAUCGAGGAAACAGACUGUGCCAAAGAAGGCUGGGUCGACUCUAAAUCGCACAGACAGUACAACAACAUCCGCCGUCCAGUGCAACAUCGAGUGGCCCGAACGCUUCAAGGCGUUGGACAAAACACACCGCGCUCUCAAUCUCGUCUUCACUUUUUGCUGUACCCGCAAGCACCUUGCCACCACAUUCGAUACCAUCAAGUCCGCAGUAGAGUCGCACACCAAGACGUCCCUGACGAUUGGAGAUGUCGCUUCCAUUGCCGCCAUUCGUCCCGAGGGCGUCAACUUUGCCUACGUUGACGAGAUCAUGCUACAGACCGAGGUCAGAGGUGCCGAGCGAGACGUGGUGUUCAAGAAGGGCCGAGAUUUUCUCUCGCAAGCGCCCGCGCCCGAUGCCUCUGUGGGAGGCAUCUCGGGUCUCGACAGGCUAGAUCAUCACCCCGACGACCCGGUUGAGGGAGGCAAGGAGGUGUUGUAUUUUGAGUUUGUGGACGGGGACCUGAAACGUCAAGUCAGGGACAGGAAGACGGGCGAGAUCACGAAACCCAACAGGAAGCUGAGAGAGGAGACGCUCAAGAUGCCCGUCUACAGCCAGAAACAGAUGACGAACCUGAUUGAGCGCAGGAACCAAAAGUUUGGCGACGCCGUUAGCCUGUUUAUCAAUCAAUGCAUCGCCGAUGGCAUGGAUCCCGAGCUGAGGCUCGCAACAAAGACCGAAGAUCAUAUUCCCGUGCCAACGGUUCCAGAGGAACCGGCAGACAAGAAACUCGGGGCCUUGCCGGAAUCGAUCCCAACAGAGCGCAAGAGCAUUCCCGAAAUCGUUCAGGAGCUGAAAGAUAGCCCCUGGUAUACGGGACAGAUUGUUCCUGAAGGGCAUCGUGUUUUUGAACCGCAGGAGCCUGUGUACGGCGACCUCGACUUCCUCCUAAGCCAGGAGCUUGUCAACGCUCUAUACAAUUCCAAGGGCAUUACUCAGUUCUUUGCGCAUCAGACGGAAGCCAUCAAUGGUCUUCUGGAGGGGCAGCACGUUGUGGUUUCCACGUCAACGAGCUCUGGCAAGUCUCUCAUCUACCAACUCCCCGUGAUCCACGCCUUGGAAAAAGAUCGGAACACCCGGGCUAUGUACAUCUUUCCUACCAAGGCUCUAGCUCAGGACCAGAAGAGAAGUCUGAGGGAGCUGAUGAGCUACAUGCCCGGCAUGGAGGAGGUUCUCGUUGAGACAUUUGAUGGCGACACCCCAAUGAAUGAGCGAAACGUGAUUCGGGAAGAGGCGAGAAUCAUCUUCACCAACCCGGACAUGCUCCAUGUGACCAUCUUGCCACAGGAGGAAAGAUGGAGAACGUUCCUAAAAAAUCUCAAAUACGUCGUGGUCGAUGAGCUGCAUUACUACAACGGGCAGAUGGGCUCGCAUGUAGCAUUCAUCAUGCGGAGACUGAGGCGAAUAUGCGCUGCCGUCGGUAACCGACACAUCAAGUUCGUCUCAUGUUCUGCUACCGUGGCCAACCCAAGGCAGCACUUCGAGACCAUAUUCGGCAUUGGAAACGUGCGGCUAGUAGACUUUGAUGGGUCGCCAUCAGGCCGCAAAGAAUUUCUAUGCUGGAACACGCCAUACAAAGACCCCGGGGAUCCUGCAAGCGGCCGAGGCGACGCCUUGUCCGAAUGUGCCCGUCUCUUCUGCCAGCUUAUGCUUAGGGGCGUCCGUAUUAUCGCCUUUACCAGGGUUAGAGAGCAGUGUGAAAAACUGGUCACCGCUGUCCAGCAGGAACUCGAGUCUCUCGGGCGACCAGAGUGUGUAAACAGAGUCAUGGGCUACAGAGGCGGCUACACCGCCCAGGACCGACGGAGAAUCGAGUCGGAGAUGUUUGAGGGCAAGCUCCUGGGUAUCGUCGCGACUACGGCGCUUGAGCUUGGAAUCGAUAUUGGAACGCUAGAUUGCGUGCUGACUUGGGGCUUCCCUUACACCAUCGCCAAUUUGCGUCAACAGAGCGGCAGAGCGGGCCGGCGGAACAAAGACUCGCUAGCGAUCUUGGUAGGAGAUUGCUUCCCUACUGAUCAACAUUACAUGCAAAACCCCGACGAGCUCUUCUCGAAGCCGAAUAGUGAGCUUCAGGUUGAUCUGGAGAACAUGCUGGUGCGAGAGGGGCACAUCCAAUGUGCUGCAUACGAGAUGCCUGUUCGGCCCAUUGAGGAUGCCGAGUAUUUUGGCAAGGACCUGGCCCAGAUUUGUGUAGAGAGGCUGCUGGAAGACGCCCUGGGCUUCUACCACUGUCACGAUCGAUUCAGGCCUAUUCCUUCAAGAUUCGUCGCCAUUCGUGAUACCGAGGACGAUCACUUUGCCAUCAUCGACAUUACUCAUGGAAGGAACGAGGUGUUGGAGGAGUUGGAGGCCUCGAGGGCAACGUUUACGAUCUACGACGGUGCCAUUUUCCUACACCAGGGAAACAAGUAUCUCGUCAGAGACUUUCAGCCCGACAGGAUGAUGGCACGAGUGGAAAGGGUCAAGGUUGAGUGGACCACGACCCAACGAGAUUUCACCGAUAUCGACCCGAUCGAGACGGAGGCCAUCAAGAAGAUAUCCGGUUCCCAGUCUAGAGCGUUCUACGGCACAAUAAAGAUCCAGCAGAACGUGUACGGUUUCUUUAAGGUCGAUAAGAGGAAGCGCGUGCUCGACGCUGUGCACGUGGACAACCCUCCCGUCAUCAGGUACGGGAAGGGCAUGUGGCUCGACAUACCCAAGAAGGCCUUGCAAAUCCUCGCGGACAGACGUCUGCACAUUGCCGCGUCCAUCCACGCGGCGGAGCACGCCAUCCUCAGCCUUAUGCCCAACUUCGUCAUCAGCUUACCCGGCGACGUCCGGACAGAAUGCAAGGUCGCGCUGAAGGAGUUCGCCAAAAAGGAGUCACAGAGGAAGAGGCCCGGGCGGCUGACAUUCUACGACGCCAAGGGGGGCGCCAGCGGGUCGGGGAUCAGCACCAAGGCGUUCGAACACAUUGAUCAUCUUCUUCAGCAAGCGCUCAAGCGGGUCGAGAACUGUUUCUGCGAGAACGGGUGUCGAGAGUGCGUGGCGUCGGACUUGUGCAAGCAAGCCAACGAGGUGAUGAGUAAGGCGGGUAGCCAAGUCAUUCUCAAGACGCUGCUGAACCUCGAGGUUGAUAUUGAGGCAUUGCCAAUGGGGCCUGAGGAGUACAGCCCGGCGGGCAUCGAGACCAUUGUCGUUGCUCAGACUGUGCCGCCAAAGGACCGAGAAAAUUUUGGGUUAGUUGAUAUCAAAGAGGAGGAGUUUGAGGACCGUGAUACGGUGCUAUUGGAAGAGGCCGAGACGUGGACUGGCGAGCACAGCGAAGGAUGA